CGGUGCCGCUCAGCAUGUCUCUCCUCCAGGCCGCGCUCUCUCGGGCCCUCACCGGGGCUGGGCUCUGCCAGGUCCUGUGCGUGCUGGCUGCAGGACUGGUUGCCAUGGUUACAGCUUGGACGGUGAGGCUGCUGGUGCGACACGCCUGGUACACACAUCAGCUGUCCUGCUUCGCUAAACCACACGCCAGCUCCUGGCUGAUCGGCCACCUGGGACAGAUGCAGAACACAGAGGAAGGCCUUGUGCAGGUGGAUGAGCUGGUGCAGACGUACAAACACUCGUGCAGCUGGUUCAUCGGUCCUUUCUAUCACCUGGUCAGAGUUUUCCACCCCGACUUUGUCAAACCUCUGCUGAUGGCUUCUGCUGGGAUUACGGUGAAGGACCAUCUUAUCUACGACCACCUGCGUCCAUGGCUGGGGGACAGUCUGCUGAUAAGUAACGGCGCCCUGUGGUCCCGCAAGAGGCGGCUGCUGAACCCGGCUUUUCACUUUGAUGUCCUGAGGAAUUACGUCACCACAUUUAACAGCUCCACCGACGUCAUGCACGACAAAUGGCGUCGCCUGCUCGCAGGAGGCGGCACCAGUCUGGAGAUGUUCCACCACGUCAGUCUGAUGACCUUGGACAGUUUGCUGAAAUGUGCCUUCAGCUACGACAGCAACUGUCAGCAGUCGUCCAGUGAGUACGUGUCGGCCAUAGUGGAGCUCAGUGACCUGAUAAUAGACCGCCGCCACAGGGUUUUACACCACUGGGACUGGAUUUACUGGAAAACACAGCAGGGGAAACGAUUCAGAAAGGCCUUGAGCGUAGUACACAGGUUUACAAGGGACGUGGUUCAGAAGCGCCGAGCUCUCAUCAGUGAACAGCAGGCGGCCCCAACACAGCCUGAGUCCCCCAAACCUCAGAAGAGGAAAGACUUUGUGGAUAUUAUACUGCUUUCAAAGGACGAGAAUGGACAAGGCCUGACGGACGAGGAGAUCCAAGCUGAGGCCGACACCUUCAUGUUUGCAGGCCACGAUACGACGGCCAGCGCCAUCUGCUGGACGCUGUACAAUCUAGCGCGACACGCUCACUAUCAGGAAACGUGCAGGCAGGAGGUGGUGGAUCUGAUGCAGGGACGAGACGCACAGAGGAUCGAGUGGGAGGAUCUGUCCAGCCUUCCCUUCACCACCAUGUGCAUCAGAGAGAGCCUCAGACUGCACUCUCCUGUGCAGGCUGUCACCAGGAAGUACACCCAGGCUGUGGCGCUGCCAGGAGGCCGCUCAGUGCCACCGGGUGCCAUCUGUUUGGUCAGUAUUUACGGGACGCACCACAACCCUGCUGUCUGGACCCACCCACACGAGUACAAUCCAGCGCGUUUCGACCCGGUGAACACAGAGAACCACGCUCCUCACGCCUUCAUCCCCUUCUCCUCAGGCCCCAGGAACUGCAUCGGGCAGAAGUUCGCUCUCGCUGAGCUGCGAGUGGUCGUGGCGUUGACCCUGCUCAGGUUCCGUCUGACCCCUGGGUCCGACCCCCACCUCGGGGGCGGCUCUGGAGGCGUCCGGCGCCUGCCCCAGCUGGUCCUGCGUACAGAGGGAGGCCUGUGGCUGCAGCUGGAGCCCCUGAACGCACCCAGCCCUGAGAAAACACAGCAAUAACAUCUGCAUCAGUAGCUGUUUGUGUAAACGUCAACCUUUUCAGCUUUACAAAAGUAACACAGUAUAUAUGGUUCCACAUUAACACACCACGCUCUGUCUUCAUAUGUUUGAUUUGGUGUGAAUUUGAAAACAACUCAUCAUUAAAGCAUGUACUUCUCAGUUCAUUUA